AUGCUUUCACACAAAAGACUCGCUCUUCUGGCCCUGUGCCUCUUCAGUUCCUCGGCCGCGGCUACUAAUUCCACAAGUGGACCACGAGUCACAGUGAAGAAUGGCACAUAUGCUGGCGUUUUUAGCUCACAGUAUGACCAGGAUUUCUUUCUUGGCAUGCCAUAUGCCCAAGUGUAUCAGACGGCAGAACGGUUUACCGUGGCGAAGAGCCUUAACCAGAGCUGGGAUGAUGUUCGUUCCGCCACCCAGUACUCGCCCAACUGCCUCAGCUAUGUGAUCGAAGAACAAGGCCAUAAGCUCUCCGAAGAUUGUCUGUACGUGAAUGUCGUUAGACCAUCUGGAGUCAACGACACUGCAGAUCUGCCUGUCGCAUUCUGGAUCCACGGCGGAGGUUUCACUACGGGCGGCUCGGCCUACGCCAGAUACAAUCUCUCCUUCAUCGUGGAACAGAGUGUCAAGAUAGGCACGCCCAUUGUCGCGGUAAGCUUCAACUACAGACUCAGUGCCUAUGGGUUCCUUUCCGGGGGAGAGGCCACUGAAGCUGGGAUCAGCAACAAUGGCUACCGUGAUCAGCGUCUCGCCCUACAAUGGGUCAACGAGAACAUUGCGGCCUUUGGUGGCUCGCCAGAUAAAGUUACAAUCUGGGGCGAGAGUGCAGGUGCUAUGAGUGUCACUGCCCAUAUGUUUGCCUAUAAUGGCCGUGAUGAUAAGCUCUUCCGCGCAGCUGCCGGCCAAUCUGGCUUUGGAGCAACCAUCACCAGCUUUACGAAUGGACUCACUUCCUCCGAGAACGCCAAUAAGAUUUACAACAAUCUGGUGGCAAACACCACCUGUGCUCCAUUGGUAGGCCAGUCUGGAAGCUUGGACUGUCUCAAGAAGCUGCCAAGGGCGGAAAUGGAUUAUGCUCUCAAUGUCACCAAAGUCAGCGGUUUCGCCCCCAUCAUAGACGGUGAUUUCUUCCAAGACUUCUCCACCAAUCAAUUAGAAGAUGGAAGAUUUGUAAAGGUUCCAAUCCUGGUCGGGGCCAACACGGAUGAGGGCUCUGAUAUGAACAAGGGCAUUCUUCCAGGCAGCAGACUUGUGAAUACCGAUGCUGAUAUGAGAGAAGCCCUCACCUCCGUCGUCUUGGGGCAGACGACAAAUAAAACUGUGGAUGAGGUAGUAGACGAGAUAAUGUAUGUCUACCCCAACAUUCAGGCUGUCGGGAUACCUUCACUUGAGAAGUGGCCGCAUAUUAUUGAGAAAAAUGACUCCUAUGCUCAGGCGCUAGGCGCGCAGUACCGACGGACCACGGCGUUCUGGGGAGAUCUCAGGAUGCAGUGGGCAAGAAGAAGAGCAAACAUCGCAUGGCACAGGCACGGUAUUCCAAGCUGGGCAUAUCGUUUUGACGUUGUCCCCAACGGUAUCAAGCCCUACGUUGGUGCUUCCCACUUCAAAGAGGUACAACUAUUCAACCACCCCUGCUUUGGAAUUAUAAUUCUAACACUUUCGGUACAGGUUGCAUUCGUCUUCCACAAUCUAAACUCGGACGGAAUGCCCACUCCCCCAUUCGGUGGCGAAGAGCCAUAUGUGAGCAAGGCCAAGGCCGUGUCCGAUCAAAUGGCGACGGCAUGGAUCAACUUCUUCGUUAGUCUUGAUCCAAACGGUCCAAGUGGCUUCAACAUCACCAAUAGCCAGAGCUGGCCACAAUAUGACCCUUCCACCGGAGGAGGUGUUGGUCAGGAGAUCGUCUGGGAUUUGGAUGGAAAUUACAUAGAAUUUGAUGACUUCCGUGCUGAGGGAAUCAAUUGGAUGAUUCAGAACGCCGCUGGAGCUCUUGGAUAUUAG